GUGUACUAUUUUUUUUUUACUUUCUGAUUCUGUGCUUAAAGAGCAGCUGAAAAUGGCAAAGUGGGGCGAGGGAGAUCCUAGAUGGAUUUGCGAAUUACGAUCUGAUGCCACUAAUGUAAACAACUGGCACUGGACAGAGUGGAAAUACACCAAUUUUACUAUUAAAUCUCUCAAUCAAUUGUUUACUAACAAAGCUCUUGUGGAGUUUGGGAGCACCACGGUUAGUGUCACUAAAGUUAAGGUAGAAGGGGAAACUUACGCGAACAAUCGUAAAGGAAAAGUUAUACUUACCUAUGAUCACAUUGUAGAGUUCACACUAAAUGUUGACUCAGGAUCCGACAAGUCGGUGGAGGGAAGCAUAUGCAUUGAUAACUUCGACGACACUAACGAUCUCAAGGAUUUGGAGAUAAGGGUGUCGCUUAAGGAGGAAAACGGGGCUCUAAGAGAACUUAUACGGACUAAAGGUGGCGAUGAAAUUCGCAAUCGGCUUCAACGCUUCCGGGAGGUUCUUUGGAAGGAUGCCAGCUCGACUGUCCUUCUUCCCACUAAGCCCAGCGCUAGCGCGGCCCCCAAUGGCCAGUCAGAUAUAGCAGCGGGAAAGUUUCUCUCGGCGGGGGAAACCCGCAAGCCAGACGAAAAUAAAAAGACGGGAAGCGUGGGAUGCAGAAUCCAUUGUAAAGCGUACGAGCGCGUCUUCAACUUCAAAUGCUCAGCAACGGCUGCCUACGCCGUGUUUGUGGACGAGCAGCAGGUAAAAGCGUGGGCGGGCCACACCGCGACGAUCGACCCACACGUGGGAGGCGCCUUCUCGCUCUUUGACGGGAACGUUUCGGGCACCUUCACGAAGCUCGUCCCCGGAAGCGAGAUACAGAUGUCUUGGCGGCGGAGCGGCUGGCCGGACGGGCACUACUCGCUGGUUGUGCUGUCUUUUCGGGAGGAUGUGGAUUGCACGCGUGUUUCUCUGAAGCAAAGGGACAUUCCCGAGACGCAUUACCAGUCCACGUCGGAGGGAUGGCCUGCUAACUACUUCCAGCGCAUUAAUAGUGUGUUUGGUUACGGUGCUAACUUUGGUGCUUUCUAAGUCGGCCCCGUUUUGUGUACGGGGCGCAUAUAGUGUAGAGCGGGACUCUUUUACGCAUUAAAAGCGCUCAAUUGUAC